AUGUCGAUCUCCUCAUCGUCGUCGGAUAAUGAAGAGGAAGCGGCGCAGCCGGAUGCGCCGGCCCACGCGCUGACCUACUUCUCGCACCGCGCCGCCCUGCGCUGCGACCUGACGCAGCUCCUCUUCGCUUUGUCGGACACGCCGCUCAAGAUCGAGCGCGUGCUCUACCCCGAAUUCCUGCAGCAAAAGGCCACGUACCCGGGCGGCCAGCUGCCGGUCCUGCGGCACGGGGGCCGGGCCGUGGGCCAGAGCAAGGCCAUCGCGCGCUACGCGGCGACGCUCGGCGACCUCUACCCGUCGGACGCGUGGGACGCGGCCGAGGCCGACGCCCGCGCCGACGCGAUCGUCGACCGGCUGGAGGAUCUGGGCACGAUCGCCUGGUAUUUGUGCAAGACCGACGACGCGCGGGCGGCGGCGCUGGCGACGACGCUCGAAAGAUUUGAAGUAAUCGCGCCCGAGAUCCAGGCGCGGCUCCGGGACAACUUCAUGCGCGAGGCGUCGCCGUGGCUCGUCGGCGGCGACAUGUCCCUGGCCGACGUCGCCUGGUACGCGGCGCUCCACGAGAUCGCGACGAUCCAGGCCGUCGGCGCGCCGCCCGCGGCGCCGGCGCCGGACGAUGCUGUGCUGGCGGACCUCGACGCGCUCCUGCCCGUCGUCCGGAGCGCGCCGGACUGGCGCGCGCGCAUGGAAGGCGUCCCCGGCGGCCGCCGCGCCUUCAUCCGCGCGGCCGAGCCGCCGCCGCCGCCGCCGCCGGCCGCGGAGGCCGACGGGCCGACGGUCGUCCGCGUCGCGGCGAUGGCGUCCGCCGCGGACGUCGCGCGCGCGCGCCUCGACCGCGCGUCGACGCUCGCGGCCGAGGGCGUCGCGCCCUACGCGGCCGUCGCGGCGGCGCUGCGCGCGCGGCGGGAGCGCGACGCGUCCUUCGUCGCGGGCCUGCUCCGCGGCAGGAAGCAGCUCCUCGACCUCUACGACCGCGUCGACGCCCUGCCGGCCGCGCGCCGCGUCGCGAGCUACGACGAGGAGUGGGACGAGGCGAGCGAGUACGAACACGAGUGCUACAUGCACGAGUGGAUCGCGUCGUCGUGCGCGGAGCUCCGCUGCGACCCCGAGUCGGAGCGCCUCUGGCUCACGAAGAGGCACGUGCACGACAUGCACCGGGAGAAUUCGAACAACUGGUGGUCGUGGCGGACGGACGCGUGCAUGGUCCUGUCGCCGGACGGGCGCUUCUACCGGGCGACGACGGGCUACGAGGCGACGCGCGAGGAGGGCUGGAUGGACAAGGGCUCGUACCGGGACAGCACGGACGUCGACGCGAGCGGGCUCGCGGGCCUGAACGCGACGGACGCGUCGGUCCUGGCGUGGGGGCGGCGCGCGUACGCGGCGUGCGUCGAGCAGUGCGGCGGCUGCGACGCGACGGGUGCGGCCGUCGACCGCGUGCCCGCGGGCCUCGACGCGUUCUUCGCGGCGCCGUACCCGGCCGUCGACCGCCCCGCGCUCGACGACGCCGGCUGCUUCUCGGCGAGGGCGCUCCGCGGCGAGGACUGGCCCUUCGUCUCGACGGGCCACUGGGUCGUCAUCUGCGUCAUGGCCCUGGUCCUCGCGACGCCCUGGGUCCUGGGCGUCUGCGCGUCGCGGCGAUGCUGCCCGUGGUACGGCUCGCUCCAGCGCGUCCGCAACGAGUUCGCCGACGCGUGCCCCUGCCUCGCUCGGUGUCUGCGCCUGCUCUGCGUGUCCGGCUGCGCGUCGUGCGCCCGGUGCUGCGGCGCGUGCCGCCGCCGCGUCCGCGGCUGCGUCCGCGCGCCGCCCCGGAAGGCGAGCGCGGACGUCGCGCCGGAGGAGGACGACGCGGCGGCGGCGGCCGGCGAAGCUCCGGCGGACGACGUCGUCCCGCUCGAGCCCCAGGCCGAGGACGCGCCCGGGCCGCGCGGCGCGGGAUUCCGCGCGCGCGGCGCGUCCGUCGCGGGCCAGGCGCGGCUCGUGCUCUGGAAGAUCUGGAAGACCAAGUCCCGGUCGCCGUCGACGGUCCUGUCGCAGCUCGUCUUCCCCGCGGCCUGGUUCGUCGUCGUCUGGCUCCUCUACGUGAUCAUGGCCAAGACGUUCCUCCCGAACCACCAGUGGAACAAGAAGCACUGGAACUACGCGGCCAAGGGCGGCGACAUGCGCGACUACGAGGAGGGCGACAUCCUGAGCCACGGGCUCCUCGAGGUCUACCUCUGCCAGUUCGCCUUCGUGCCGCUCAUGCAGGCCGUCGUCGUCGCCGUCGUCGUCGAGCACCGGGCCAAGCUCGUCGAGUCGAUGAAGAUGGCCGGGCUCCGGCCGCUGGCCUACUGGGCCGCGACCUUUGCGGCCGAGGCGCUCGCAGUCGGCUUCGCCUGCGCGUUCCUCGUCGCCUGCGUCGCCUGCGGGGGCCUCUUCCGGCGCGCGGGCCACGCCGCGGACCCCUUCGGCACGCUCCUGGCGCUGCACUGGACCUACGUCGUCGCGCUCGCCGCCCAGUGCUUCGCGGUCACGACGCUCGUGACGUCGCCGACGGCCGCGGCCGUCUACGCGCUCGCCGCGCAGCUCGCGGCGACGGGCGCGUACCAGUCGCUCGUCGUCGAGACGACGGACGCGGGCAAGCGCGUCGUCCUCAGCCUCUUCGAGGCGUCGGAGUCCCGCCAGCUCGAUGACGAGUGGAUCUCGGCGCUCACCGUCGCGAACCCCUUCUCCGUCGGCGCGGACUGGCGCGACGACGAAAGCUCGUACGACGCGCAGACGCUCGGCCGCGAGUCGUCGUGCGGGUCCCUCUACGAGAUGCAGCCCUGCGACAGCUGCGACGCCGCGUUGACGCCGACGUGUUCCUACGAGCUUUGCCUGAGCGCCGCCGAGAGCGGCACGCGGGAGGACGCCGGGGACGCGUACUGCUCCUCCUCUCUGGACACGGGCGCGCGAGCGAACCUGCACGAGGGCCUGCUGCUCUUCACGGCGCUGUACGCCGCCGCGCGCGCGCGGCCGCGGGGCUGGGCGCCGCGCCUCGUCGCGGUCUGCCUCGCGGCGACGAGCCGCGCCACGGCGACCUUGGUCGCGUACUACUCCUUCGACGACGGCACGGCCGCCGACGACGGCGACGGAAGCCUCGACGGGAUCGUCAGCGGCGCGACGGCGUCGACGGGCCCCGACGGCAGCGGCGCGCUGUCCUUCGACGGGAGCAACGACUACGUGAAGUUCCCGGACGCGCUGACGUCGGGCAUCCUCGGGAGCAACGCGCGGACCGUGUGCCUCUGGGCGGCCAUCUCGUCCUUCAACGACGCCGCGCUCUUCACGUUCGGAGACUACGCGGACGGCGAAGAAUUCGCGCUGAUGACGGCGGCCAGCGCGGGAGGGUUCAUCGUGCAGCUCUACGGGAGCGACUACGACACCGACGUGUCCGCGAGCGGAUGGUCCGACGACGACGGCUGGCACUUCUACUGCCUCGUCUACGACGGCGCGGAGUGGUCGUUCUACGUCGACGGCGCGGUCGCUCACACGGCGACGGCAUCGCUCGCCACGGGCAGCGAGAACAUCCUCACGAUCGGCGUGCGAGACGGCGAAUCGUACCUGACGGGUAGCGUCGACGAGCUCUACGUCUACUCGAGCGCGCUGUCGGAGAGCGAGGUCCAGGCCCUCUACUUCCAGGACACGCUGGUCGCGUACUACUCCUUCGACGACGGCACGGCCGCCGACGACCUCGGCGGCCUCGACGGCACCAUCCACGGCGCCACGGCGACGACGGGUCAGUACGGGAGCGGCGCGCUGUCGUUCGACGGCGAGGACGACUACGUCGAGUUUCCUUCGGCCGUGACGACGGACAUCCUCGGGAGCGACCCGCGGACCGGUUAUGGGUUAGGGUUAGGGUUAGGGUUAGGGUUAGGGUUAGGGUUAGGGUUAGGGUUAGGGUUAGGGUUAGGGUUAGGGUUAGGGUUAGGGUUAGGGUUAGGGUUAGGGUUAGGGUUAGGGUCAGGGUUAGGGUUAGGGUUAGGGUUAGGGUUAGGGUUAGGGUUAGGGUUAGGGUUAGGGUUAGGGUUAGGGUUAGGGUUAGGGUUAGGGUUAGGGUUAGGGUUAGGGUUAGGGUUAGGGUUAGGGUUAGGGUUAGGGUUAGGGUUAGGGUUAGGGUUAGGGUUAGGGGUAGGGUUAGGGUUAGGGUUAGGGUUAGGGUUAGGGUUAGG